AUGGCCGCGGAACUCCAUCCACCUACAGACGUCCCCGGAUGGCAAGUUGUCCAUGAACUUGGCAGAGAAUAUGGCACGUACAGACGUGGGCAGUAUCUGCUGCCCCACGACGAAAGGGAACGAGUGAAACUGGAUAUGACGCACACCGUGUUCAAGUUGAUCAGGCCUUUCGGCUCAUGUAGGCUGACCAACGUCCCGACCGAGCGCUUGUCCUUGUCAGAGGCCGGUCAAUUAACAACGCCGUUGCCCCUGGGCAUGAGGCCCAGGGUCCUCGACUUGGGUUGUGGUACCGGGAUUUGGAUGAACGAAAUGGCCCGUGAGUUCCCCCAGGCCGAAUUCGUCGGUGUCGACAUCCACCGCCUGUGGUCCCAAUGCCAGCCUCCCAACGUGAGCGCUCGAAUCUGGGAUUACGAGCAACCCUGGGCUCUUGGGGAGAGAUCCUGGGACAUGAUCCACCUUCAAAUGGGAUUGGGGAGUGUGUCUGACUGGCCCAGUUUGUACUCCAAGAUCAUCCAGCAUCUAAUCCCUGGCUCCGGCUGUUUCGAAUCUGUGGAGAUAGACUUCGAGCCGCGCUGUGACGACGGCAGCAUGCAGCCAGGAAAAUUUACUGAGCUGUGGGGAACCUACCUCAAGAAUAUUUUCCAAUCCAUCAACCGACCCAUUCACUACGACCCCAACACAGGCGACAUUCUCCGGGCGAUUGGGUUCAAGGACGUCCAUCAUAUGGUCUACAAGGUCCCAUUCAACAUGUGGUCGAGCGACAGGCAGGAGUGGAAGGCAGGCCAGUGGUGGGCCCAGAUUAUGUCUCGUGGCCGUAAUAACGAUGGCGGCAACGGUAUGGAUGCCCUCACUUUGGCUGCCUUGUGCAAGCACCAGAACUGGUCGGUGCCUGAUGUCGAAGCCAUCAGCCAGGCCGUCGUCGAGGAGGCUACCAACCCAGCCUGCCACGGCUACAACAACGUCCAUGUCUGGUGGGGGCGGGCUCCUGAUAUUGGUGAAGUCUAA